GCGACAGCAGCAAGAUGUUGGCCUGCACGGAGCUGAUCACCAUGUGUCUCCAGUCGUCCAAACACGAACACUGGAGGAAGCAGCAGGAGCUGGACCACAACCAGAACCAAGACAUCUGCCUCUUCCAGGAUAUUUUCCGCCGGGCAGACAAAAAUGAUGACGGGAAGCUCUCCUUGGAGGAGUUCCAGUCCUACUUCACUGAUGGUGUCCUCACAGAGGAGCAGAUGCAGGAGCUCUAUUACUCCAUCGACCGGCAGCAGACAGACAACUUGGACAUAAAUGAGCUCUCAGAGUACUUCUCUCCACAUCUGGGAGAAUAUGUUAAUGUUCUGUCUGCACUGGAAAAGCUGAAUGUGUCCAUUUUAAAGGCCAUGGAUAAAACUAAGGAGGAGUAUCAGGGCUCGUCGGUGCUGGGUCAGUUUGUGACGCGGUUCCUGCUGAGGGAGACCUCCACCCAGCUUCAGUCCCUCCAGUCCUCUCUAGAUUGUGCCAUGGAGGCUGUUCACGACCACGGCAGCGCAGGGAGGAGGAUUCUAAAGAAGCCCGAGGACCUGCCGAUCCAAAGAGCGACCAAAAGGCCCGGCAGACGCAUCCAGAAGAACAUGUGUCUCUCCCCUACAGACCCGUACUCUGGCAUGCUCACCACAGGGGUCAGCGUGGAGCCAGACAACCACUGGGGCUCUCAGAUCAACCAGCUGGAGCAAUUCGAAGACAAAAUGGAGUGUGAGAGUCCACAUCUUGAACCUCUUAAAGAAGACACGCUGGCAGGAACGUACAAGUCGAACAUCCUUCUGGUUCAGAGGCAAAUGUCAGUGAAGGAGAGAGAUGUGGAGCAGUUUCAACAAGCCCUCAAAAUCUACACUGAUGCCACCGCCAGCCAGCUGAACAACCUUCAUGUCUCAGUCCAGAACCUGCCAGACAGAUCAUGCUUCAUCAUGUAUGAGUUUUGGCAGGACCGACUCUCCUGGAUGAGCUAUCUGCAGUCGUCCAUCAGCAAGACUUUCCAGCGCUGCGUUAGUGACUCGCUGGAAGAACCAGAAAUUGUUUCCACAAUGCUUCUCCCAGCUUCUUGGUGGAUUAUGAACAACAACAACUGAUAGAGCCACAUGUCUACAUUCGAGCAGUGAACACAGCAGCAGGAGCUGAUAAAAUAAUAUCACUACUUUCUUUUUCUGGCUUGAAAUUGAUAUUUUUUUUCUCGUGGCAUGUCUGGAAUUGUUUAUGCAGAGUUUUACUUUGUAAAAAACAUGAUGCUAUUAAAAAACUAAAGUCUGUCAGCAU